UGUCGCCUGUACAAUAGUGAGGCCGUGUUUUGAAUAGCAAGUCUGGAGGGUCCAUCCUCUUCCUGCCCAGAAAGGGGAGGGAGGGUGAGGGAGAGACAGUGCCGGAGAGCAGGGCAGACGCACACGAUGCAAUGACACUGGGGGGCAAAAGGGGAGGGAGGGAGGUUCGGAAGACAUUGCAAGAGGGAAGAAAUACACAUCACCGCCACCAAACCCUCUCGCAACAUCCUGCUGCCUUGCACCUGUUCGGCCAAGGACGUCAGUCAAAUUGAUUGCGGUUUGCCCUGAGCUACAUCAGCAAGAAAUCAAGCGGGAGGAGGAGGCGGAGGAGGAAGGGCGUGAGGGGGGGGAUAUCAGUCUGUCAGAGCAAACCAGGGGGUGAGAGGAGCCCUCGCAUUCUCCAUUGAUACGUUGAAGAAUGGAAAGCAGCGGGUUGUUUAAGUUGAAGAGAUGCAGCAUCUUCGCUUGCUGAGAACACGAGCAAAACCCUCUCCACUCUAUGAAUCCAGCCCUACAGCUACGGCUUCUGUCGACAUAAAGAGGGGAAACUGCGGCUCAACCUCUCCGAGAGAUUAACAGGCUGGGGGAAGGUCGAAGGGAGUUACUCAUGACAAGAUGUCAGCGAGGGAGCACAGUCCUCUGCGAGGCGGCAAUACCAGAGGCAUGCAGCGAGCUUCCGCCGCUGACCUGCCCACUGAUAUGUCAGUUUUAACCCUGGCUGCCAACGCCCAAGACCCAGAUGAACCCAUUUUGGAAUUUAGUUUAGCUUGCAGUGAACUGAGCACUCCAUCGUUGGACAGAAAACCCAAUAGUUUUGUAGCAGUAAGUGUGACCACACCUCCACAGGCCUUCUGGACGAAACACGUGCAGACCGAGAUUAUAGAGGGUACCAGUAACCCCAUAUUUCUAAGCAGCAUUGCAUUUUUCCAGGACUCUCUCAUUAAUCAAAUGACACAAAUCAAACUUUCAGUGUAUGACGUCAAGGACCGGUCUCAGGGAACCAUGUACUUGUUGGGUUCUGCAACGUACAUUGUGAAGGAUUUGCUGAAAGAAAAGUAUCAUCGAUUACACCUCACCUUGCGGUCUGCUGAACACGAGCGUGUGGGUAAUAUCACGGUAAUAGCUUGGCAGAUGGAAGACAAGGUUGACGACAGGCUUUCUGCGAGCAGAUCACCUGACACCAUAAACGGACGGACUGUUCUGCCGGUCGACGAAAGUCUAACCGAAUCUCUGGCUGUUCGCUCAAAACACUCCUCGCUGAAGAAGGACGCAUUGUUAAAAUCAGUGUUCGGUGGAGUCAUCUGCCGGAUGUAUCGCUUCCCCACGACGGACGGGAACCAUCUCCGGAUCCUGGAGCAGAUGGCAGAGAGCGCGCUGUCUCUUCACAUCCCCCGGCAGUUCGUCAAACUGGUCAUCGAGGAGGACGCAGAGAGGAUAUGUCAGCUGGACGACCUUGGAGAAUUAUCACCCUGCUGGGAGAACCUACGACGACAGAUUGUUACUCAGUACCAAACGCUCAUCAUAACCUACCAGGAGAACCUAACAGAACUGCAUCAGUACAAAGGCCCGUCGUUCAAAGCGAGCAGUUUAAAAGCUGACAGGAAGUUAGAAUUUGUACCCACAAAUUUGCAUAUACAACGGAUGAGGGUCCAGGAUGAUGCCGGGUCAGAUCAGACCUAUGAUAUAGUCACCAUCGGAGCCCCAGCAGCUCACUGCCAAGCGUUCAAGAGUGGUGGCUUAAGGAAACUGCUGCUGAAGUUUCAGGAAGCCAAGAAAAGGCAAGUGUUAGCAAGCAGUUCAUCGUCCAGCUCCCAGUCCAUAGUGUACAUACCGCAAGACAUAGUCAGGGCAAAAGAGAUCAUAGCCAGCAUUAACACCCUUAAAACGCAAGUCAGUUACUACGCAGAGCGACUGUCCAGAUCGGCGAAGGAGCGGUCAGCCAACGGGUUGGAAAGAACCCUGGCAAUCCUGGCAGACAAGACCAGGCAGCUGGUCACGGUGUGUGAUUGUAAGCUUCGCAACGCAGUAGAAGCCCUGAACGCUGCCCGGCCCAAUUACAUCGCUUCCAGGUCCUCGCCAACGUUGGGGGAAGCUGAUCAGGUGAUGCUGCGGAAUGACCAGGACACGCUGGUGGCCAAGUGGACAGGCAAGAACAGCCGCUCUUCCCUGCACAUCACCUGGCACGAGGAGGAAUGGGAGAAAGUAUGGCUUAACGUUGAUAAAAGCUUAGACUGUAUUAUUCAGAGAGUAGACAAACUCCUCCAGAAGGAACGGUUGCAUAGUGACAGCUGUGAGGACGUUUUUCAAUGUGACUCUACCUCUUCCAGCAAGAAAGGUAACCAAGAUCACAGAGCAUACUGGAUAAAUCCAAAUGAGAAUUGUUCUUCAUCUUCAUCGCGCCGUACUUCUAAAUCCAGAGCUGCGUAUUGCCACUCCACCACAGAGGAGCCUGCUGAAGGCGAGUGGAGCGAAGCACUAUAUCCCCUGCUGACCACACUCACUGACUGCGUUGCCAUGAUGAGUGACAAAUCAAGGAAAGCCAUGGUCUUUCUGCUAAUGCAAGACAGUGCACCUACAAUAACCAUGGACCUGACUAUCCAGUAUCGCAGAGAUGUGGUGUUUUGCCAGACUCUCACCGCACUGAUCUGUGGCUUCAUCAUCAAGCUGAGGAACUGCCUUCGUGAUGACGGAUUUCUGAGGCAGCUUUACACCAUUGGUUUGCUGGCACAGUUUGAAGGCCUUUUAAGCACAUAUGGAGAAGAACUUGCGAUGCUUGAAGAUAUGAACACGGGAAUUACGGAUUUACGGAACGUAACUUUCAAGGUGAUCCAGGCUAUGUCUACGUCAUCCGUUGACAUGCUGCCCGUUAUCACCGGGAACCGAGAUGGGUUUAAUGUACGAAUCCCACUGCCAAGUGCCAUGUUUGAGGCCUUACCCAGGGAGAUCCAGAGCGGCAUGUUACUGCGAGUGCAGCCUGUGCUGUUCAAUGUGGGCAUCAAUGAACAGCAGACCCUCGCUGAGAAGUUUGGAGACACGUCCUUACAAGAGAUCAUUAACACAGAGAGUCUGGGUCGCCUCAACUCCUACUACGAACAGUUCAAGGAGGUUUUGCCGGAUGACUGUCUGCCUCGAUCCCGCAGUCAGACGUGUCUGCCGGAGCUGCUGAGAUUUCUCGGGCAAAACGUCCACGCACGAAAAAACAAGAAUGUUGAUAUCCUUUGGCAAGCUGCUGAGAUUUGCCGUCGAUUGAAUGGUGUUCGAUUCACGAGCUGUAAAAGUGCCAAGGACAGGACAGCGAUGUCCAUCACCUUGGAGCAGUGCCUGAUUCUCCAACAUGAGCAUGGGAUGGCCCCACAGGUCUUCACACAGGCCUUGGACUGCAUGAGGAGCGAGGGAUGCCGGCGUGAAAACACCAUGAAGAACGUUGGCUGUCGCAAGUACGCAUUUAACACUCUCCAGUUGAAGGCCUUCCCCAAACAUUACAGGCCCCCGGAGGGGACGUUUGGAAAAGUUGAGACCUGAUAGGAAAACUUAACCAAAUGCGUCUUGCCAUGUCGAUGACUGCUUGCUCUAGUGAUUUAGACGUGGGCAUUUUCUCCCUGCCUCACCCUCCCUCCUCCAGUGAAACGUAUAUAGUUGAAAAUACAGUAGCUUUCAACCAAAACACAAAACUAAACUAAAACACACGUAGCUCGUUCAAUUCAACAAUGCUAAAUGUUUUGCGGAGGUGUAAAUGUCUCACUAAAUCAUCUGAAUUAACCGUCCCCUCCCCAUCUCCUCUCCCCAUGCCCAUCCACUCCAUCUCUGUAUAUUUAGAGCAUGCAUUGUUUAACUAGUUUGGGUCACUAUGUAAUACGGUGUAGAGUAGACCGUGAGGUUUAACAAUCAAGACCUGAGUGAAGGGAUGGCCUCUUUAGCACACUGCCCAAUGCUUGGUUAAAGACAAUAGAGAGUUCAGCCUGGAGAAUUGGGUUUUGGUAUGAUGUGUAGUGUCAGUCUAGGUAGAAGUGUCUCAUUUGAAUCCCUUCUCUAGCUGUGUAAAUUCCAUUUCACGUUCUGUCAGAAGUUCUUGGACUAAGAGUUAGCGGACCUGGUUUUCGAGAUUUUAUUUCCCCCCAUUGUUGAGGAUGGGAUGGAGAAUAACCUGAGAGGGGUUGUUGAGUGGAAGUCUUUCCUUAAAUCCUCCCUCCCCCCAACCGCUGGCCAUUUCAUCAUUGGGAAGGAGCAAAUUCCCCCAAUUGAUUGAGUGUUUCCCUCAAUUGACCUUUUUCUACUUUAUCCAAGCCAAGGUGAGGGUUUGGCAGUGAAGAUUCCCCUCUCCAGCCCACACUCCAAGCCACACAGAGGUGUGGGUUCACAUUGCCACAGCCGUUUAAGGCUUUGUUGCCUUAACAUUUGCAGAAAUUCUUAGAGGAAAAAUGUGGUUAGCCAGCUCCUCUUAUAAUGCAGCCUUUCCAAAUCAUCACAUUACCAAAUCUUAAACCUUUAUGACGUUGAUAUUAAGGCUCUGGUUAUAGUCAAUAUUAGGCUUCUUUACCCGUCAGUGCAAAGUACAGGCAGGCUUUAGACACAUUUUCUAGUAAACGUGUUAGUGUCACACCUCCGAGGGGGAGUUUACAAGAGCAAGACAAGCCCUGAUAUUCUACCCGCAGCAAAAUGUUGUAUUUAAAAUUUUAAGUCGGUGCAGAAUUGUGAAAAGUCCUUAAACUUUAAUCUCUACUUGGAGAUUUGUGGGUGGGGUGGGUUGGGGUGGUGGGGUAGGGAGGUGUUGCGGUUCUUCAAGCAAAUCUUAAAUCCCAAAUUGAAAUUCUAAAUUAUAAGAUUUUUUAAAAAAAUGUAAACAAUUCAACACAGCCUUGAC